UCAGGUCAAGUGUCAUACAUACAGUCACUCUUUAUGAACACUGACAUUUUUUGCUCCGGUUUAUUUUGUUACUCUUUUAACAUAAUUAAUAAUGCGGCCCGUUUUGAUCGGGGCGAUUUUAUUGACGAUAGGAGCCGCUUAUUAUAUUUAUCUGCCUCUGCCUAGCACUAUAUCAGAGCCAUGGAAACUCAUGAUAGUGGAUGGACUCUUACGUGCCAUGAUGAAGUUGAGUUUUGUAGCUCAUGACCUUGGACUGACUUCUCCGUUGGGAUUGGUUAAAUACACUUCGACUUGGGCAUAUGUAAAAAACAUGGAGUCCAGCAAAAGCGUCCGAGUCACUGAAGCGUCUUUCGGAGGAGUGGAAGCUCUAGUGUUUGAGUCAACUGUUUCAGGACAGGAGCAGAGCUUUAAAAGAGCCGUGGUCUAUCUCCAUGGAGGAGGAUGGACAGUUGGCAGCACAAAGAUGAAACCAUAUUACCUUCAGUGCAUCACUAUGGCUGAAGAGCUGAAUGCAGUCGUGAUAUCUGUAGAGUACAGGUUGGCACCGGAGGCACGUUUCCCAGAUCAGUAUAAUGAUGUUUUUCAGGCCUCAAAACACAUCCUGACAGCAGAGGUGUUGAGUCUGUACUCUAUAGACCCUAAAAGAGUGGCUGUGUCAGGUGAUAGCGCCGGAGGAAACCUGGCCGCUGCUGUGGCACAACAGGUGGCUUUAGACAGUAGCAUUCCUAUUAAGUUUAAAAUCCAGGCCCUGGUCUACCCUGCACUUCAGGCCCUGGACUUCAACACUCCCUCCUACCAGCAGAACGCCGACAUUCCCAUUCUAUACAGACCACAUCUGGCCCGCUAUUGGCUGGAGUACCUAAACGGUGAGCAGAAACUUGUUCCUGCUUUGCUGGCCAACAACCACACAGCUCUGGAUCAGGGUCAGGAGGUAGCAGCGGCCAAAGCCAAGACAGACUGGACCAAGCUUCUUCCGGUGGCCUUCCAGAAGAACUAUAAACCCGUGGUUCCGCUUCACGGUGACCCAGAGCUGCUGGAGAAGCUGCCAGGCCUGCUGGAUGUGAGAGCGGCGCCUCUACUAGCUGAUACUAAAGUGCUGAAGGCCGUGCCGCCCGCUUACAUCAUGACCUGUGAGCAUGACGUGCUGAGAGACGACGGACUCAUGUACGCCACGAGACUGGAAGAGGCCGGAGUGGACGUCACCGUUGAUCACGUUGAAGAUGGUUUCCAUGGAUGCCUCGGUUUCGCUUUUGGACCCUUUGCUUUUUCUGUAGGAAAGCGAAGUCUUGGGAACUACAUCCAUUGGCUGAAGGAGAACCUCUAAAGACUCUAUAAGAGUUAAUUUGCAAAAGCAGAUAACUUUUUAAAGGUUUUCUAAAUAAUAUUGUUUUUCAUUGUGCAUUCCAAUUAUUCUCAAUCAAACUGCAUUUACUUUGGGUUCAUAUGGGUUACUGUGAUUACGUAAAUAAGAGGUAAAAAAUACUAGCUAACUAAAACAUGAAACAUCAUAAAAACCUAACAUAUAACUACUGUUCCCAGAAGGAAACGAGGUACACAUGACUAUGAGAUAUCACACUCUUGCACCAUCUGCUGAAGACACCUAUAAUCAUGCCUAAAAGGCCAGUGAUGCAUGACGAUGUGGGUGGGGCUACCCCUUUGUUCAGUCCAGCUCUUCACGCAGCCCCCGACUGUGUGGGGCACAGAACCUUAUUUUCCUCCUCUUGGGAACAGUAGUUAUAUGCAUAACACAACAUUCCCAUUCAGUCCACUCACUCGGUACAAUACGUGACUACGGGACAUAGUCACCGCAGUGACAUCCAGUCUGUGGAAACGGAAAAACGUGUGUGUUGAUGCCCAGCUAGCGGCGCAGAUGUCCACCACAGCCACUCACUUAAACAGGGCCCAUGACUCCACCAUGCCCCUAGUGUGUCUGGCAAGGAACUGCAGCCAACAAACCCCCAUCAAGUGAACGAAGAACCCAUGGCUGACAGGUCAACACAUCUAAUUCCCCUAUCGGCCCCUGGCCGAACUGUGAGGUUAGUGACAGCAAAACGUUUUGCACUGAGACCAUCCUCGAAGAGACCUGAGGGAGAGAUCAGAGCAUUAAGAAAGGCAUUUUGAUUUUGUUCAGGCAGGUUUACCAUAGAUGACACUGGGGCACCACAGUACUGGCCAACGCAUGACCCAAAGACACCAGCGCCCCCUGGGUUGUGUAAUCAGCCGUAGCCUGCACUUCUCCCAUAAACACGUCACGCUCAGCUCCCCCAAACAGAUGCCUUGAUAAGUUUACAGUAGAGACAUUAGGCUCAAUGCACUGGCUGUGCAAACUUGAUCGCUGUACUUCAAGAAUCGACAAGAACUAGAACAAGCAGGGUCGGGGCAGGCAGCAAACAAUAAGUAAUAGAUAGUAAAAUUCCAAAUAACAAGCCAGGAAAACUAUGGGACUAUGGGAAAUGGAGUUCUUGAGGGAGUGGUUAGAAUUCGGGGGAUGAAUCUGGCUGAUGAUGAAGCGGUAUGGGAACCUCUUCUGUAACAGCCUCGGGGAGCAGAUAAGCUCAGCGGAAUGUGUUUAUCUCAUCUGUGAGGUGUUUCGCUAUUACUGCAUCUUGCUUUUUUUUUUAAUUGGGAGUGUGGGGACAAUAAUCAAUUUCUCUUGAUGUUUUACAGACACUAUCGUUAUUCUCAGGGAAAUACAUAAAAAGAGAACUGACUUUUUUAACGGAUGAUCUUUGUAAUGCACCCACAUUCACGUCCUGUUUUCUAGCUCUUAUUGUUUUCUAAGCACGCUGCACGCCAGUUUUCAAAUGAUACCACUGUGUUCUUUCAGGUAUGAUGAGUAUGUGAGUCAGCGAAGGUCGUGAUCAUGUUUCUUUUGAUGCUGUGUUAAAAUAUAACAAUUGUUUGGGAACCGUCUUGAUUAUUUGAGUUGUUGGCUACAAAAUAAACCACCGACAAUGA